AUGGCGACAACCAACGAUGCACCACCCAACUCAUCUGCCAGCGGCACCCCCAUCCCCAGCACGAUGUGCGCAUGGCAAUUCUCUUCGACACGUGGCGGGAUCGAGAAGAACCUGCACCUGAACGACGCGGCGCCGGUGCCGGCGCACGACGCAAAAGCUCUGGGCAGCGACAAGGUGCUGGUGAAGGUCCUCGCGGCGGGGAUCAAUCCCGUAGACUGCAAGAUCGCGGAGUUGCCAGUCGUAGGGAGGUUGCUAUAUCGCCGGGAUGCGACGCCAGGGAGUGAUUUUGCCGGUGUUGUUGCUAGAUCUACGGCGAAAGCUACGUCUACACCUGGUGGAAGGGGAGGGGAAGAGGAAGGCGCUUUCAGCGAAGGACAGCUCGUCUUCGGGCGCUUAAACCAGCCCGUGAAGCACGGCACUCUGGAGGAGUACAUCGUGGUGCCUCGGGCCCAGCUCGUGCGCGUGCCAGAGGGCGUUGAUCCCGUAAACGCGGCGGGCGUGGGCGUCGCAGGCCUGACUGCGUACCAGUGCAUUCAGCCUUUCGUGCAGCCGGGGCGAGCGGACAGGGUGUUCAUCAACGGCGGAAGCGGUGGGACGGGCGUCUGGGGAAUUCAGAUCGCGAAGGCGCUCGGCUGCCACGUCACCACCAGCUGCUCGGGCGCGAAUGCCGAGCUGUGCAAGAAUCUGGGGGCGGACGAGGUCAUUGAUUACCGCAGCACGAAUGUCGUCGAGGCUUUGAAGAAGGCCGUGUCAUGUCUAAGUCCAGACUCAGGUCCGGGGUCCAGCAGUCAAGGCGGUGCAAAGUUCGACCUCGUGGUCGACAACGUCGGCUCGCCGGCCGAGCUGUACUGGCAAGGCCAUCACUACAUGUCAGACCGCGCGCGAUACGUACAGAUCGGGGUAGAACCCGGGACUAAAUCGAUUCUGGAUCUGGUGAUGAAGCUCGCCUGGCCCGGCUUCCUGGGUGGUGGCAAGAGGAAGUUCGAGAUGUUGUUGGUGAAGGACAACACCCAGCAGAUGGCGCAGAUCGCGGAUUGGAUGCGCCAGGGUAAAGUCAAGACGGUUUUCCAUGACGGCAGUCCACUGCCGAUCGAGGACGGCGCCAGGGCGUUUGCGAUAUUGAAGACGCACAGGGCGAAGGGGAAACUCGUGGUCAAGAUGAACCGUGACUGA